GGGUUUCACCGUCCUGGUGACUCAUUCUGUUUUAUUCCGUAAGAGUGUAUUCACGUAAGACACAUUACAAAGCUGCUGAUAGUUCGUAUAUCGCCAAAGAAAAUGUUAUUUUCCUCGUCAUCGGAAAAUGACAGGACCUUUUCCCUUAGUGGGAGUUGAACAGUGUACGUGGUUUCAUCAUGUUCCAUUAUGAUUGUGAAUAUCUGGACAAUUCCGCAAUGAUUUUCGAAUAAUUCGAUUUGUGAUCGUAAACGAUUUAGCGAGUGACGUCCUACCAUCUUACCGCUCAGCCAUCAUGUCAGUUUGUUUGGAGUCGAGCAGAUCUAGAGACGGUCUGAAGCUGCCUCUGCUCAACAGAAGUAAAAGUGAACCUGGUCCAUCAACCCUAAACGUGCUAACAUCCUCACCACCGAAACGUUGCAAGCUGGAUACCUCGAGUGUGAGCCUACCUGCCAGUCCAUGCGCAGAAAGUUCUUCUAUCCAAAGAAGUCUGAUUUUGAAGAAAGUCAGAUGCUUGGAUACCGAUGGACUUAAGCAAAAGUUGGAAAGUGGAAGACCGAGGAAUUUCGUGCUGCUAGACUGUAGGUCUUUCACGGCCUACAACCUAAACCAUAUCAUCGGAGCAAUAAACGUCAACUGUUCAGAUAGGUACAACAGGAAGAGAUUACAGAGAGGCAAAGCCACACUGGCUGAUCUAGCUUCCACUAGAGAUAGCAAAGAGACUUUAAGGAAGAUGGCAUACAAGGAAGUGAUUGUAUACGAUGAAGCUACGAACGAUAAGGAUAGGAUCACCACAACGCAUCCGUUGUUUCUGGUAUUAUCAUCCAUAGUUGAAGAAAACAAGGAACCUACACUUCUACUAGGGGGACAUCGAGAUUUCUCGAAGAAACACAGGGACCUGUGCGAGGAAGUUGUAACAAGGGGUCUGUCAACAUCCGCUUCCUGUCCAACACUCGAGGAUAUAGAUUCUCACCCAGCGUCUAGAUUGCUGCCCUUUUUGUACCUGGGAAACAGUAAGGAUGCUGCGGAUUUGUCGUGUUUGCAGAACCUAGGAACGACAUGUGUCCUGAACGUCACUUCACAACUUCCUGGAUACCACGAAGAAAGGGGGAUCAAGUAUAAACAGAUUCCAGCUUCCGAUUCGGGACACCAGAAUCUCAAGCAGUAUUUUGAAGAGGCUUUCGAUUUCAUUGAAGAGGCAAGGAAAAAUGGUACAAGGGUGUUAGUACACUGUCAGGCAGGAGUAUCAAGAAGCGCAACUAUUGCUAUAGCAUACAUCAUGAAAUACAAACAGAUGUCCAUGGUAGAAGCUUAUAAACUGGUCAAAACAGUCAGGCCCAUAAUAUCACCGAAUUUGAAUUUCAUGGGACAGCUUUUGGAACUCGAAGAAAAUUUGAGGAAUAGUAACAGCAAUUUGCAAUGUAGGUGGAGAGAAAAAUCAAACGAUGAAGUGUCACAAGGAUGCAGUGUAUAAUUUUUUUUUAUCGCGAAUAGUCAUUAGUUGGCCAUAAGAGUCUUUCUAGUCUGUAAAAGUGGAUUAAUUGGCUGUGUGUAAUAUUAUUUUCCACAUUAAUUUAGUUUUUUAUUGUAUAGGCAUGUCUUAUUUUUUAUACAUUUACGAACAGUCAUGUGAAAAGAACAUGACAAUUAAUUCUGAGAAAAAUCGAAGGGAUAUGUGAACAGGAAAUAAACCUUAAAGGUGGGUUAAUAAUGGGAUUUUAUCAAAUUCUACGAGUCAAUUAAUUUUUCGAAGCAUGUAUUUAGAACAAUGAGCAUUUAUUGAAACUUUACUUCAUAGUGGUACAUAGAUCCUUAAAAUCAUCAAAAAUCACCCGUAUAUUCAUAUUCGGCUAUUUACAUAAAAAAAUAUAAACUGAUGCCCCAAAACUACUACCGCAUCGGUUAAAUAAAUCCAUGGCAAUAAUAUUCAUUCAUUAUUCAUCCAUUUUCAACUAGAGUUAACUUGGACAAUAGUUUGAAAAUUACCAUAUCACAUGUUCGAUGUGUGGUACAAAUAUACAUUUAUUUAUGAGGAGAAUUCUCACACAUAAUUUAUGAUCUUAUGUUUUUUUCCAAUUCAUAAACACAAGGCAGGUUAUCCUUCCUUUUUCGAAUAUUCAUGGUAUCUUAAACAUUUUUUUAUUUAAUAUGACCAAAGUAGAUUAGAUUCAGCAUUUUCAACUUCAAUGUUUAAUAAAUAUCUCUUCACAUUAUCUCCAAAUAUUUUCAAAAAAAUUAAAAUUAAUAAAAUGUGGAAUAGCAAUAACUUCAUCAAUAUUUGUAUAUUUUGUUCGAACUGAAACAUAUCUGAAUAUAUGAAUCAUUAAAAAAAAAUAGAUUUUUGAUAUUGAGAGUGUAAAUUAAAUUGUUUGAUAUUUUCUCAAAACAUCCUAGAUCCAUCUCUUCAAGACUGAAUGUACAUUAAUGUUAAAUCUUUAUGAAAGUUUAGAAAUUAAUGAAUAAUUUAGUUGAAGCUUUUAUUUAUUAUUCAUACCUAAUACUACUAGUAAUAUUAUUUAAGUUAUGUUGUUUUAUUGCCAUAUUACCUAGAUAUACAAUGUUGUAUAACGAUGUGUAUCUAAUUUCAAUUAUAAUUAACUUGUAGUGGAUUGACGAGGAGGGAUGAUUUAUUCACAAGAUAAGUUUUUAAUGCAAUGUCUAUUUCAACCAGAAUAUUCAAUGGAAAUAAUUCAAACUUCAAAGCCUGUCUAAUGAAUUUGAGCAGACAUUUCAUUCGGAUAGUUUGAUUUUACAUCAAACAUCUUGACAUUGAAUAUUACCCCUCUUAAUUUAUAUUGUUUGGUGUGUAUAUUAUAAAGGAUGGCUAUGAUUGUAUCUUUCUCAGGUAUGUAGGAAGUUUCGACAAGUUUAGGGAAGAAUUUUGUUCAGCUCUUGUAAAGAGCCAAAUACCAGAGCAAAGAUGUUUUUUUUUAGCACCCCUGUGUAUUUAGGAAUAAGUAAUAACCACACUUGAGAAAUGUGUGCCUUUACUCUAUAUUGUUAAGGCCUGUAUUAUGAAUUUGUACAUAUAUAUACUCCUAAAAAAUGAUUAUUUACAUAAAUGUUACAAAUAA